AUGCAAGCCCAGAACAACUUAGGAGAAACCGGGAAUCUUGAAAAUAGUCUUAUUGCCAUAGAAAAUUAUAUACAGGCGGUAUCGGAGACCACAAAGAAUUUAUAUUUUUUCUGGGAACAAGCAUUUUUGGACGACGAAGGCAUACCGGCUUACGAAUUUUUACUAAACAAAUUCAAGUUAAAUGUAAAUGCUAUCUAUUACUUCUCAAAAGAUCUUUUCGGUUUUUCUUGUAACUUCAACAAAGUUAUUGCCAGUAUGAUAUGUAUCAUAAAUAAGUCAAAGGAACCCCAUGGAUCUCAUAAUGAGCUUAAACGCGGAAUCAGUAACGAAGUGAAGGCCCUUACAUCAUUUUCUGGUGCUCUUUUUAAAGCAAUCGAUCAUUUUAUGAAUACUGUAACUCAAGAGAAAUGGAGUUCAAAUGGCAAAGUUGAUUAUUCUGUAAAGGAAUAUCUUGAUAAUGGUUUUGACUCAUACGCCAUUGUAGGAGGAGGUACAGCAGCUAUGUGGGUGUUUUUUUUUAUCAAAGAAAAAGAGCGAGAUUUGAUUAUGGCUUUUGUUAUUGCUUUUGUUCUGUUUUUUUUCGUUGCUGCUAAAUUAGACAAACCAGCUCUCAAGACACAUAGAACCCGUAAACUGCUCAAUAUGUAUGAACAAAUGAUGGUCCUACGAAGAAAUUGUUGCGAAUUCUCAUCUUUGAUUAUCAGGGGCUGUUUCACUUUAAUUCUACAUGACCGGAAUGAUUAUUGUGACGAGAGUUACAAGGUUAAAGUAGACGGUAUGAUCAGUAACUUAACAAAGAUGCAAGAGGUUUUAGACGGAAUUAAAACUACGGCCAUGAAAAACCAUAAGGAAAUAUCCGAAUACUCCAAAAGCUUAAAAUUUUGA